CCAUAGCAGCAGUUGUAAAAUUCUCGUGCGAGUACACAAAACGUCUCCGUUGUGCAAACCGAUCGGCUGCUUACGUUUUUAUCUGCUGUAAUACGAGAGAGUCGAUUCGAAGUAAGAAGAAAACUCAUCGAUGCCUACCAUGGCUGUCUUGCCGUUGCUGUUAACAACCUGGUGGACCGACCUUGGUUAUCCGCCUGCGAUGAACGAAAAUUUCGAUCUCACGGCCCAACCUCAACCUGGAGAACUGCUGCGCGCCUUCGAUCGUUCCUACCCGUUCGUCUACGAUCGCGGAGUCUUGGAUUUCUACAAACCCUGGUUAAACCUGGACCAGAACGUCGGAAGAUCGAGCAUCACCGUCGAUGACGACACUUUCAAGAUCGUCGCCGAUGUGCAACAGUUCAAGCCGGAGGAGGUCAGCGUGAAGAUCGUGAACCGCUUCCUGGUCGUCGAGGCAAAGCACGAGGAGAAGCAGGAACACGACAGCAUCUCCCGGCAAUUUGUGCAGAAAUACCUGUUGCCGAAUUGCGCCGACGUCGAUCAGCUAAAGUCCACGAUAUCGAGCGACGGUAUCCUGACGAUUACGGCGCCGUUGAAACCGGAGGAGCCGAAGGACGAGAGGGUGAUCAGAAUCGACUUCAUCGGGCAGCCGACACUUCGGCCUAGCGAGGAUGAAAAUCGCACCGAAGCUAGCACGACUGAAGCUAACACGACCACCGAGAAAACGGUGGAGGACAACGAGGUUCGGGAGGAGGUGACGACGCAGGCACAGCAGGAGACCGCGAAACCCGAGAAAUAAUAGACUGGAUUACCGAAUUAUGUGAUACGCUAUUUUGCACUUUAUAUUCAUUCUCACGUGCGAGAUUGUUGUUCCUCCUUUGUUGACAGAUAUACAUUUUUAUAUUUAUCGGAUAAAUUACGAAUCCGUGCCGUAAUAAUCCACGAAUUCCUUACAAUUGUAAUUUUAUAUUGAUAUUUAAAUAAAGAGUGUUGCUGUGCAAUAAUGUA